AUGUCCAAUGACUCCAACUAUGAUUUGGCAGUGGAACAGAAUACAGUGUUCCACACAGCCGAGCUGCGCCGCAACGUCCGCGUCGUUCUGCUGUGCCAGCACUGUGCCUGUGUGACCAGCUUCAACGCCUUGGGCACUGUCCUGCACGGCCUCCGCACCCUCCGCGUGCCCAUCAACCGCCUGACCUGCUGGGUCCUUUUUGACUUCCAGGUGGCUCUAGGCCGUGGCAUGGGCAUCACCCUCACCCUCACGGCCCUCAACACCUGUCUGUCCAUCCUGCGGCCGCUCCACUACCCAACGCUGGUGCGUCGCAUUCGGUCUUCUGUCAUGGCGCUGGCUUGGUUCGUGGCCCUGCUCAACCCGGUUCUGUUCACUGUCCUGGCCUGCGCCCAGUCCUCUUGGGCCUAUGUGGUGGAUCUGGACCCCGUAUGCUCCACCACGCUGGAGAGUCCCGCGUCUCGGUUCAGCAGCCUGGCGCUGGUGGUGUUCUUGGUACUGCUCAUCAUGACCAGCUACGUGCUCAUCUACAUGGAGGGCUACCGGGCGGGGCAUUUCUCACACGCCAACAGCAGCGGGCGCCACACCACCCUGAUCCACAUGCUACAGAUGAUCCUGUACCUGCUCCCUCUGGUGCCCAUCAUCACCAGGUGGAAGCACAAUAUGGCCGCCACAGUGACCAACUUCGUGGUGUUCCUAGUGGGGCAGGCACUCAGCCCCGUGGUGUACGGCCUGCGUUGCCGGGAACUCCGGGAGCAGCUUCCCCGCUUCCUCCCCCGCUGGACACGUUUUCCAGACCUACAGCAGCACCACAGACUGCUCUAG